AUGGGGUCAGAAGGUAAGCACGCAGAUGCACGGCAAGCUCUGCAUCACCAACAGCCGCUUCUUCCGUGCCUCUUCGUUUGCAGUGAAACUACCCCCCUCGCCCACUGCAGUAGCAGAAUCAGCAGUGUCGAUAACAAACAAUCUUUGACGAGCCCAAUCCUUGCAGAUCCAGAUCCAGAUCCAGAUCAACCCCAGAGUCGCAAUGUCAGCGCCAACAUCAGCACCAACACGUCCACAUCCGCCGUGGAAGAUACCUACCAACUGCAGCAAAUCGAACCAGGCUCUCCGGGCGACACUUCAGAUCCGGACGAGUUUGAGCCAAGCGUGUUCGACGAUCAAUCCCUUGCUGCCUCCACGUCAAUCACCUCGAGCGUGUAUGGCCACAGCUACCAAAAUGGACGGCGCUAUCACAAGUACCGCCACGGGCGUUAUCCGAUACCCAACGACGAGACGGAGCAGAAUCGCGAAGACAUGUUGCAUGCCAUGAUGCUCGAAGUCACCAACGGGAAACUCUUCUUUGCGCCCAUCGGCGAUUAUCCCCAGAAGAUCCUCGACUUGGGCACGGGUACCGGAAUCUGGGCCAUCGAGAUGGGAGACAAGUACGCAAGCGCCGAGGUCACCGGUAUUGAUUUAAGCCCGAUACAGCCCGUUUGGGUGCCACCGAACGUCAAAUUCGUGGUAGACGACGUCGAAGAUACUUGGUUAAAUGGCGACAAUAUCGACUUUGUGCAUCUGCGAAACAUGGUACCCAUUCUCAGAUCACCCGUCAGACUCUUGAGGGAGAUAUUCGCCAACCUCAAGCCCGGCGGCUGGGUAGAGCUCCAGGAUGUCGAUGGACAAGUCCAUUGCGAUGAUCAUACGUUGCCGUCGGACUGGCCGGUGCUUGUGUUUUGCAACCUCAUGGUAGAGGCUUUUGCCAAACUGGGCACGCAGUCGCACGCGGCGAGUUUUGUUGCCAGAUAUCUGCAGGAAGCUGGAUUCGUCAAUAUCCAGCAUCGCACGGCCAAGCUGCCGUAUGGCACAUGGCCACGAGACAAGACCAUGAGACUAGUCGGUCUCUACUACCGCACGGCGGCAGAAGAGUUCUUCCCCGCGAUGGGAGCUAUUCAGAUGCCACUACUUGGCUGGUCAGAGGAAGAAAUGCAAGUAUUUUUCGCCAAGUGUCGGAAUGCGAUGCGCGAUGAAAGCGUGCAUGCUUAUGGGAUAAUGCAUUUUUGGUCGGCCCAAAGGCCUGAAAGUUGA